AGUAUCGACGAUGUUCUCUCUUUCAAUUCAUCAUCAGCAUCAUCAGCAUCAGCAUCAGCUUCCACAUUCAUUCAUUCAUCCAUUCAUUCAUUCCAAAUCACCACAAUCGUUAAGAUCAGCAAUCUGAUUCAAGAUGUACUUCUCCAACGCAAAAUUCCUUUCUAUCCUCGCUGCCGCUGCAGCAGUCAAGGGUGCUCCCAUUGAGGAGAACACUAUUCAAGCUCGUGCCGUCGUUGAUCAUGACUCUAUCAAUCCAUGGCCAGAAAACGUACCUGGUAACGCCUUGGGUAACACUUUGAAGAGAUUCGAGCCAUUCCUUCACAUUGCUCAUGGUUGUCAACCAUACAGUGCGGUUGAUGGUUAUGGAAAUACCAGUGGUGGACUCCAAGAUACUGGCAAUGUCUCAGCCGGUUGCCGUGAUCAGAGCAAGGGUCAAACCUAUGUCAGAGGUGGCUGGUCUGGAGGUCGCUAUGGUAUCAUAUACGCCUGGUAUUUCCCCAAGGAUCAACCAGCGGCUGGAAACGUCGUCGGAGGCCAUCGUCACGACUGGGAGUACAUCGUCGUCUGGGUCAACAACCCUUCCGUCGCCAACCCCACCUUGAUCGGUGCCGCCGCAUCUGGUCACGGAAGUGUGAAGAAGACGACCAAUCCCCAACGCCAGGGUGAUAGAUUGAAGGUCGAAUACUAUGUCUCUUUCCCAACCAAUCACGAGUUGCAGUUCACCGACACAUUGGGCAGAGAUUUGCCAAUGAUGUGGUACGACUUCUUGCCAGCUGUUAGCAAGACAGCUUUACAGAACACCAGCUUCGGAAAGGCCGACUGUCCUUUCAAUGACCACAACUUCGCCAACAACCUCGCCAAGGCUGCAAUCUAGAUCAGUGUAGGCAAUAGUAUUUCCCGUAAUCCGUAUACGGGUUAGAUAAUGGUACGUAUCGAUUUUUCUUCGAAAUGUGCACGUACGUGGUAUGGAAUUCGAUACCACUGAUAAGAUACGGGAAUACGGAUCUCUGAUUGGCACGGAACAAGCCGAAAUACGCGAAUUUGAGGUUAUUCCCAGAUUUCAAUAAUAUCCAAUUAUAUAUUCAAUUGAAUUAUUAUUAAUUGAUAAUAAACUAUAUAUUAUUGAAUAUUUUGAUUUUUUUAAAUGUGAAUAUCAAUACUUUUUACAAAUUCGAUUGUUUUGAGAGGUUUAGAGAUAAUUAAGUAGUAUUUUUUUUUUAAUAUUUA